CGACCAUCGAUAUCAUUACCAUAAAGGAAUCAAUAUGCAAAAAAGUGUGAAUGUUUUGAUCAGAUAAUAUUUACGUGAACACUUCAACCACCAAGUGACAUUAUCCGUGAACUUUCGACACAUUACCAUAUGUGAAUUGUAUGGUAAUAAUUAAUUUUCAAUCUUUGGAUUCGUUUCGACUUAUACAGUUCAAAUCGGCUAGUAAAGAGUGGUAUUUUAUGUGUUAGUUUUACUAAUUUCAAAUUAUUGAUCUUUAAAAUGAUCUCCACUCGGAAUCAGGAAGUUGUCAAGAAGAAGAUGGCAAGUAGAACUUCAGUGCCUUUUCCACUAGCCAGUUAUGAACUGGAAUUUGCCGAAUCCAUUCAACACCCAGAAAGAUUUUGGGCCAAAGUAGGUCAAUAUGUAACAUGGUCCAAACCAUGGAAGAGGGUGUUGGACAACACGUACGAACCUUUUACGAAGUGGUUUGUGGGAGGAGAACUGAACGCCUGUUAUAAUGCUGUAGAUCGACAUGUAGAAGCAGGCAAAGGUGACAAAGUUGCCUUAAUUUAUGACUCCCCUCUACUGGGUAUUGUACGAAAAAUCACAUACUUUGAGCUACAAGAAAAAGUCUCAAAACUUGGUGGCUUGCUGCAAAGGUUAGGGGUUAGUAAAGGAGACAAAGUCAUCAUAUAUAUGCCUCUCAUCCCAGAAACGAUUAUGGCCAUGUUAGCAGUUGCGAGGAUAGGAGCAGUACACUCGGUAGUCUUUGGGGGUUUCGCCGCAAAUGAAUUAUGUAUAAGGAUCCAGCACGCAGAACCAAAAGUGAUAAUAGCAGCCAGUUGUGGAAUAGAACCCAGUCGCGUAGUCAAUUACAUAACUGAACUGAACGAGGCCAUUGCUUUAUCCAGCCACAAGCCGUCAAAAUGUAUAAUUUAUCAAAGGAAAGGAGUAGAGAUCGGAGAUCUGGAUCCAGACAGAGAUAUGGAUUGGGAAGAAGCAAUCAAAAAUUGUGAAAGUGCUCCUUGUAUACCUGUAGAUGCCAACGAUCCCUUAUAUAUACUGUAUACAUCAGGAACAACAGGGGAACCAAAAGGUAUCAUCAGACCGAUUGGAGGCCACCUCUGCACUCUUGUAUAUAACUUAAAGACUUUAUACGGCCUUACUCCAGACGAUGUAUGGUGGGCCACCAGUGACUUUGGAUGGGUUGUUGGACAUUCUUUUAUGUGUUAUGGUCCUCUAUGUUACGGAAUGACGAGUGUAGUUUAUGAAGGAAAACCCACAACUACUCCGGAUCCCAGUUCUUACUACAGGAUAAUAAACGACUACAAAGUUAACGGAAUCUUCUCGGUACCUACGGCAAUGCGACUUCUAAAGCAGACCGAUCCAGAAGGAAAAUAUGGCAUGGAAUACGAUCUUUCCAGUUUAAGACAACUAUGGUUGGCCGGGGAACAUUUGGAUUACAAUACGAAACUGUGGACGGAAAGAAUGUUUGGAGCUCCUGUUAUAAACCACUGGUGGCAAACAGAGACUGGUUCUGGAAUAACAGGAAUGUGUGCCGGAUUAAAGAACCCUUGCCCUGCUACUGAUCUCACUGUUGGACUUCCCUUCCCAGGUUUUAAUGUAAAAGUAUUACGAAAAGAUGGCACAGACGCAGAUACCAAUGAAUUGGGACGAGUCGCUAUUAAGCUACCAUUACCUCCUGGAACCUUAUCAACACUGUACAGAGCCGAGGAAAGAUUUGUCAAAACAUACUUCAGUAAAUUCUCAGGAUACUACGACACAAUGGACGCCGGAUACGUAGAUAAAGACGGCCUGAUAUACGUAACUGCUAGAGCUGAUGACGUCAUCAAUGUCGCUGGACAUAGAUUAUCUACUUUAGCUCUGGAGAAUAUCAUUCUCUCCCAUCCCGAAGUGGGAAUGGCCUGCGUGAUUUCAGUACCGGAUGAGAUUAAGAGUGAAGUUCCUCUCUGCUUAUUUGUUAUGAAAGAAGAUUCUGAUCAAAGUGAUGUCAGCGUUUCCAAGGAAUUAGUCAGUAUGGUCCGAGAAAAAUUAGGACCAGUGGCUGCCUUUAAAUUAGCAAUCCCUACCAGAGGACUUCCCUUAACUAGAUCAGGAAAAAUCUGUCGAAAAUCUUUGGCGGAUUUGGCAAGAAAUAAACUCAAAAAGAUAUCUGCAACAGUCGUCGAUCCUACUGUUUACAAGGACAUUGAGGAGGUACUGAGGAAAUACGGAUAUUGCAACGCAGUAGAUUAAAAUAUGUGAAAAAUUAGUUAAAAAUUUUUAUUUAAUAUAAAGUAUUAUUUUUCAAGAGUUGUCUAUAUACCAAAAUUCCUAAUUAGUAAAUUUGUAAGAAAACUAGUUAAAAUAUUAUUAGAAGUAAUAAAGUAUAAGUAAUUUUAA